GCGUUGUCAUUUGGCGUGAUUAUCUGCUCUUCAAAAAUAACAUGUCUUCUUCAAGAUCUCUUGUUUCUGAAAAGGCAGACUUCAUUUUAACACGCAAGGUUGCUGUACAAAAAGCAAGGACAUCACUUUUGUGGGGAGUUUUUAGUUUCAUAAUAGCAGUGAUAUUAUUUAUAGAUAUUAAACUAGGAUCUAUUUCUCGCUAUUUCUGUGAAGAUGUACCUGUGUUAUGGUAUAUAGAAUUUUUCUUGGGCCUGAUAUUCAUCACAAAUGCAGUGUUCAGUAUAUCUGUGUACUUGUGGCAAGUGUUAGGUCAGAACUGUGUAUAUGUUACCCCACCUUUCAAAAAGUUGCUUGGUAUUUCUGAUCAAGAUAUAGGUUUUAAGAUGCAAGUUCCCAAAUCCACUGAGCCAUUGAGUCCUAGUCCUCAGACACCAUCUCCAGUUAAUUCAUUCUUUCUACCCUCACUUCAGUCCAGCAGACUUUCAUCUCAAUCCUACUUAUCUAUGACACCAGUAGAUUAUUCAGCAGCCAGCUGGGCAAGCACAAGCAUGUUGUCUGAUGGCAGUCUAAGCAGCUCUUCUUGGAUGUUCUUUCCUGGAUCAGUUGAACAGGGAUCAAGAGAGACUUCAUGGUCCAAAAGGACAUCACCAGUGCUGUCAGACAGUGUGGAAAAGUCUGGUUUAAAAAAACGUUGGAAUAGCACAGCUAACACGAGCAAUUUGUUGGGUCAAGAACAAAUAUCUGAUGUUAGAAGUCUAGAUGAAUAUUUGAAAGACUAUGAAAGCAAAGAACAACGUGCACACAUGAUGACAGUGGACACAGCAGGGGGAGGUAGUUAUAUGUUUUAUCAACGAAGCCCAACAGAUUACACACACCUGUUAAGAAAAUAUCAGUAUCAGCCAGCGACAAAAUCUACACAGUCUUCAGGUUCCUGUAAGGAUAAUCCAGAUUCACCAGCAAGAUGGUCUGGAGAUGGGGUUUUCAGCAGGCUGAAGAUAACUGAGAGCCAGCUCAACUUAUGGGUAGAAAACCUAAGAAAGUGGCUGACCCAAACAAUCUUGAGGAAACUGGUUACAGAAAUAGAUAACAUUAAUGAAAGUCUCAGAAGAUUAGGCUCUGCAGAAUUGCAGAUUGGAGAUGUGAGCUUUUCUACCUUGCGCCAAGUGGCACUAACUAAAGGCCAGCAUGUGCCAAAAUUGGCCACACUUUUGCCAUAUUUAGACCUCACAGUCAACCAAGAUUAUUUGGUGCAAAGAAUAAAAGAGCUUGCUGAAGGAGGUUGUAUGAGUGAGUUCAAGUGGAAUAAGGGUGGAAGCUAUAAGGGAAAACCUUGGGGAGAUUACUUGCCAACAGACUGUAAUGUGGUGAUGCAUAUGUUCUGUACAUACAUGGAUUCUCGCCUUCCUGCUGACCCACACUACCCAGAUGGGAAGACAUUCACCUCCCAGUACUUCAGGAAGACCCCAGAUAAGCCAAAUGUCACUAAAAGCCAUAUAAAUAUAUACCAAUCAUGGAUCAACCCUCCACAUUACCAAGUAGUGACUGGUGAGGAUACAUGGGAUCUGCCAAAGGGUUGGAACAACAUCUUUUAUGCAAUCUUGCUUUUUCUACAUCAUAUUAAGACGAAAGAGGCUAGUAUGCUUGGAAGAGUUAAUCUUGGACUCUCAGGAAUUAAUAUUUUGUGGGUCUUGGAAAACUAAAGGAUCUAUAAAGACAAGAAAUUAGAUAUCAAAGGUAUCAUGCAAGGCUGACAAAAUGAAUGUUGAUUUUAACAGCGAGGGAUUUUUUUUUCCUGAUGAGAGAGACUCGUUUCAUGUGCAACUUGUUUCAUAUGAAUUUUGUUGAUUCUUUUUUUUUUUGUAAUGUUUUUUAAAAAAAAUGUAAAUAAAAACAUUUUAGCCAACUUA